UUGAGAUCGUAAAUACUAUUUGAUGGAUAUGUAUUACCUAGGCUAGACUUGCACGUAAUCAAUAAAAGGUGCGCCGAUGUAGAUCGGCCUGCGCCGUGAGCUAGACGCUACCAGCGCUGCCACUACUGUGUGUUGCUUCACAUAGCUGCUCCCAUGCAUUAACGGCUCGUGAAUAGUAGCCAUACUUAUUCGUCACAAAGUUGCGUUGUUAUUAUUGUUAACGGAGGAUCGGUAACACACUUUCACUUUCAACAUCGGAAUCCCCGAAGCUGAGAUCUCAACUGGCCUACAGUUGAGCUCAGACAAGCAGCAUCGCCAGCCGACUUAUCCGACGCGACUCCCAAAAUGAAAAUCGCCACGUUCCUGUUCCUGGUGUUGUACUGUGGCGCUGCGCUCGUGACAUGUGAGCAAGCUGCCACUAAAGAUCUGAAUGUGGAAGACAACGAAGAUCUCGGACGGGGACGACGCAAGCGUAAGAAACAGCAGCAGAACGGUGGCAGUUGCGGUUACGGAAGAACAUUCGGGGAGAAAUUCUUCGGACUUCACGAUUAUACUUAUGUGUCGGCGCCUGUCAUGAACUAUUUCUUCGGGUGUGGUUUAGCAGCGGUGCCGGUCGCCGCACCCGCCCCAGUCGCACCUAUUGGACCUAUCGCGCCUGCGCAUCCGCUGCCUAUAUAUCCCAUACAGGUCAGCCAAAGUCAGAGCCAAAGCAAUCAAGGCCACGGGGGGCACGGUGGUCACGGUGGACACGGUGGACACGGUGGACUUGGUGGACACGGGGGCUUCGGUGGUCCCGGUAACUUUGGUGGUUUCAAUCAGGGCUUUCCGCAACGCCCGAUUUACAAUCGUCCUUACCUGCCACCCAACCGCCCCUUCCAGGGUGCUGUGUCAGCUGCAGCGUCAGGUUUUGGAAAUGCGUUGGCUGACUAUAUCUCCCAUCCCCGGACGCAGAAACAAAUCAACAGACAAAUAAAUAUGUUCUUCAGGCCGAUCACCAAACUGUUUUAAGGUGAUCCGCAUCUGUGUUCUACCUAUAGUGUUCUAGUGCAGUGGUUCUAAUGUGUUACAGGAUAGUAGAUAGUAAGUAUGAAUAUGCCAUACUAUAUAGUCUACAAGUAUUAUCUUUAGUCGUGUAAUUUAGGAUAUUCGUAUUAAACUGUUGGCAAAAUGAUUUAACAUGUUAGAAAGUUACAAAUAAAGUUAAAACCCUUAAAGAUUUUCAAUAUAGAUUGACGUGAAUAAAAAAAAAUGUUUCGAUAAAUAUUAUAGUAGUAUAGUAGACUUGUCUUGAUUCCAUAAUGCAAGGAACUCGUUUCUGUAAAGUUAAUUGCAUUGUACGUUGUAUACCUAUAUCUUUACAAAAUUUGCAAUUGUGACGUAUAUUAGUUGAUAAGGUAAACCUGUUUUUGAAUAAUAAUUUCCAAAGUAUAACUCUAAUGUUAACAUAUUGUAAGGAAACUUAUUCCGAUGAUAUCUGUGAAUUAUGCUGUUCAAAUAUAAUAGUUAUGAUUAUUA